GGACGGGGCUGGGCUUGACUCGGGUGGGCGAGCGAACCCAUCUCAUAUCAGCGCACGAACCCGCGUUGCGUCUGCACUCGACUGUCGACGGCCUCGGACCCCACUGCAGCAUGUUGUCGAUGUUCCAGAGAAGAGCAGCCCGUGUCGAGGAGAAUCUUGUGGCGACGGUGAUCGGCUAGCGCGGCACGAGAAGCAAGGAAAGAUUGGGCCGAAUUGGGAAGGAAGAGGAUUGCGCAGCAGAGAAGUCGCUCGAAUUUUUGGACGCGAAAGGGUUUGGUAGUUUUGGGUUUAGGGAUAGAUAGGUGGCCGGUCAUGGUGCGGAUGUUCGACCUUUUCUGAUUCCUCCCCGACUUCCCUCAUGUUGCUGCUGUAGUGCGUCGUGUGUCCACCCCGUGGCUGCUGUGUUUGUGUUGUCUUCUUUCCGGCUUCGAGUGUGAUCGGCUGCCCGGUGCCCGCUCGCCCGUGAGGGAGCUGAGCACAAUACCAACGACGGCACGGACUCGCAGGAAUAGGUGCGGCAGAGCGGAGACGACCAGGUGCCAGUAAGGAAGCACGGACUGCACCCGCACUCAUACGCGAAGAAAGGAUUUUUGUUCCGGAGCUCUAGCUUGUACGAGGUGGUCAUGAAAAACUCGACGUUGCUCAUAAAUUUUGAAGCUGAGCUGCACUUGAGGGUAAUCCGGUUUCGCUCACCGGCAGCAAAUGCAUUUUUGGCGCAAGAGAAUGGCAGUUGAAGAACUUCAGAGGGCGGGAAGCAGGGCGCGGGGCAGACCCUAACGGUAGACUGCCUGGUCUGAUAGUUGUGGGAAGGGUGUCGUGUCCCACUUCACUCUUAUGUAGAUAGACGAGGUUUGGCAGUGCAGGACGCUAGGAAGGUUUAGGGUUCAAGUUGGAGGUGGAAUUUUUCCCCCCGAUUAAAGACAAUCAUUCACUCUGGCCGAGAGACAUUUUCUUCGAGUUCCAAUUGGGAUGACAAGUGAGGAGGUCGCUAUGGCGGAUCCUCGCGCCAUAGUACAGGUGAACGACGAUCAAAGUAAGGAAAUAGACGACGAUGUCCUCUAUGGGGAUCCCGAAGGAUCCAGGAAUGGCCGUACUUAUAAGAAGAGCAACUGGACCCCUGCUGAGAUGGUAAUAUUGCAGGCCGCUAGAAGGGAGGAUUUUGACCGGCAAAACAAGGGUGGUUUGAAAGAAAAGAAGAAGACAGCUGUAGAAAGAUGGCAGUGGAUCGAAGACUACUGCUGGGCGCAAGGAGUGUUAAAGAGUGCACAACAGUGUCAGGAUAAGUGGGAACUUUUAGCAUCGGAGUUCAAAAAGGUCAAUGACUAUGAGAAAAAUAUACCGAGUGGUCAAAGAUCGUACUGGGAGAUGUUAGGGGACGAAAGGAAGAAGCAUAGACUUCCUCGAAAUUUUUACAAAGAGGUCUUCCAAGCACUUACGGAAUGGUACAACAAGAGCAAAGCAGCAGACCCAGGAGAACUUGCAGUGGACACGUCGACCCCAGCACCGAUCUUGCGCAUUGCAUGCUCCUAUGGAUCUGAUGCAGGAGCAGGAGGAAGUCCAGACAACACAGCUGGAAGCAAUGGGGAGUUUUCGGAUUCGGAAGGUGAUGACGCGGAGAAUGCCAAUGGACCCAGUACCCUGAGGAAGAGAAAGUUGUUGCCGAAGUCCUCAGACAGAAUGGCUCCGAUCCUGGAGAGAAACAACAAGAAAGUGGUGGAUGCUAUGAUGGAAUCAGAAGAACGGAAGGACAAGCGCCACAAGGAAGAUAUGGAAAUGGAGAAGGUUAAACUUAAAUUCGAGAAAGAGAAGUUCAGGGGCACGAUGGAGCUUGGAAGUGGUUAUAUCAGCGCAUUGAACAACAUUGGAGAGGGUUUAAAGCAACUGAGUGCUGCCCUGCAGGCAAGCCGACAGCCAUAGAUUUUGGGAGCCGUCUCUUUUUCACUUUUAGAGAUGUAGAUACAACCUUUCCUAUAUGGUCAUCACAUCCAUUUGUAAGGUAUAUUUAGAGAAGCACUCAUGCUCACGAAGAUCUUCCAACUUAGGUGUAGAGAGGGGCUUGACACUUUUAGGUCCAUUGAGCCUUAGUGCUUGUGGAAUAGUGGCUUGCUAUUGUGCAUUAUUGGGCUUGAGUUCUUCAAAUGUCGCUUUGUUUCUUCCUCCUGGAGUUCUACUUAGGACGUGGAACUCAUCUGGAACUCUCUGAAAGUUUUGUGCAGCUCACAUUUCUCCUGACCUUUCAACAUCUACUGGGUUCCCUGUUCCACUUCAUAGCUAUCCAAUUUCACACAGGAAAUAACGGAGCAUCCUUAGAGGGAUGCUCCGUUCUGCAUGUUUAGGCCAUGGGACGAACAAGUCCUCCUAUUUUGUCGCCAAUGAGAAAGAGAAGUAGGUCGAGAGAACCCUGUGACCUCUACUUUGAAAGAAGGUGCUCUCUUACCUUUAGAGUAGUGUGGUUGCGUGCGUUGGCGAGGUUAUGGCCUAGGAACGAAGUUCGCUUAUUGUAUAAGGUUCAGAACUUCAAUUGAGUGCAGAUUCCAGUUCCUCAGAGCUAGUCAUCGCAUGCGCAGGAUUGUAAGGAUGCGCAGUUUAUCUGCUUUCCAUCUCUUUCUAACGCAUGCAAAGAGGGUUGAGCUCUCGCGUAGGCUAGACAAUCUUAGAUUUCUCAACGUGGUUCCCAUAGUAAAUGUGAUAAGUAGUUAUUUAGUAACUCUAGUCCAACCUCUUUGUUUUGGACAGUUCCACAAAUUUGGAUCCUGUAAGAAUCAAUUUUUGUGUCCAUCAAAGACGGGAAACUUUCUC